CUCUGCAGGUCGACUGCCGGCCGCGCUCCUGCAGGCGUGAAUAACAGAUCUGCUCGGGGAGUUUUUCUCUCCUAUCUGGGCCGGGUCCAGUUCGGAGACCUCAAAGAAACAUGGGUCACAGCGGAUCGAUAAUCGCGGUGGCACGCGGCCCGGAAGGAACGUUAGUCGCGGCGGAACUUUAAUCCGCUACAAGCUUUGUCUAGGCGUACAGUUACCAAGGCAACAACGUUGGCCCGGAAGGCGGGGGCAGAGGCGGAGCUUGCGGCGGAAGUGGCUUCUUCGCCGCUAGGGGCGGGGAAAGAUGUUGCCUGCGGCGGUGUUACUGUGUCUGCGUCUGUGCGGCCUCCUGGUGGGGCUGGUGGAGGCCCCGAGCCCGGUGGAGCCGCCGGAACGGAGCCGGCCGUAUGCAGUGCUGCGCGGGCAGAACCUGGUGUUGAUGGGAACCAUUUUCAGCAUUCUGCUGGUGAUAGUCAUCCUCAUGGCAUUUUGUGUCUACAAGCCCAUUCGGCGUCGGUGACAGCCAAGCAAGUUCUGCCACAAGUUUUUGGAAACAGAAUAAGUUGUGACGUACAUGGACCAAUGGAGAACUUGGAAUCAGAACUUUCCUACUCAGAAAUGACCUUCGGUGUGGACAGUUGGUAAAUGCUAAGUGAUUUAAAAGAAACAUCUACUAGUAAUGAUGCUUUCCUAAUGUCAUAAUGCAAAUAACUGGCUGUGGAGUCUGCUUAUCAGUGUCCUGUUUUGUAUGGCUAUACUUCAGAAGUAAAGCCUGCACUCCACCUUUAGUGUGAAGAUGGAUGUUCAUGAGAAAUAACAUUCUAAUCCUGCGACUGUAAGAACCACACUGGAAUGCUCUAAUCAUUAAUGCUUGAAAUAGAAAAGGCAGUCUUAACAUAUAGAUAUUCCCUGCUUUAAAGCCAUUCCAUGACAGUGAAUUAAGAAGGAUACGUUUUUUAUUAGCCUGAGUUGACCUAGAACAAUGUGCCUAGUGGGCUAGUUGUGUCACUGAAAGCUCUACAAGUUUGCCAUCACUGACCUGGAAUGUCCUAUUUGCAAAGCAGUGUCCACUGCAUGGAACUCAGGCCACCAUUCCUCCCCUGCACCUGGCUCUGUACUCAGAUGCCCCCACUGUAACGUCAGCGUUGCAUCAGGUAGGCCUGGUCCUGUGUGUGCCCUUGGCCUGGGGUUGCCCCGGAAAUGUUCCUGGUUGGCCCAUCAGGACAUGGGCUCUAUCCUGCUCCAGCGUUUAUCUGCCUUGUACUGUAUUUUGAUUUAUGUAGCCCUUGGCUCGAAACUUGUGGUAGCUUGUUAGAUUGGGAAGCUGAGAGACUCAGCAGGAUCCCUUCUCCAUCCUGAAUGCGGAGGGCUCAGCGAAGAAGUGCAUGUGCACUGUGCUGGUUGGUGUGUUUACACAAAUUUAAUUUCAACUUUGAAAAUGCUGCUGUUAGUUUGCACUGUUGGUAAACUGGAUUUUUUCCCCCUUGUUGAAAUGGUAACUGUCAUAUAUAAUAAGUUGUUAGUAAUUAUUUUAAAGGUGCUAGAUUUUUGUAACGAAAUUGAAAUGCUUCUUAUGCUCCUCUGAAGCACAGCACUGAUUUUUUUUUUUAACAUCCUGUACUCAAUGUGAAGUAACUGAUGAGGUCUACUGUAACUGUUUGACCCAAAGUUUUCAUUUGUAAGCUUGUAACAUUGAGCCAUUAAAAUUUUCACUGUUCUGUGCAUUUGAGCAAAACGUCAAUUAAAAAUAAAAUUCUAGGGGCUGGGGAUUUAGCUUGCAAGCAGGCAGUCGUGAGUUCGAUCCCUGGUACCGAUAAAAAAACGAAAAAGACAAAAAAAUAAAAUUCUAUAUAGGA